AAAUAAUAAUGAUAACGAUAGAAAAAGUGAAAGAUUGCGAGCAAUAACAAUGGGCUAUUCCCACCAAGACCAGCAAUACACAGCUCCCUGGCCAUUUCUUGCCGAUCAAGCCAAACUUUGUGAAAAAUUCACAUUCAAUGAUAAUGAUGUUAUCUUAACGGCUUAUGCUAAGUCAGGUACACAUUGGUUAUGGGAAGUGUUAUCCAUGUUAAUAAAAGGAGAAGCCGAACCCUCAAAAUCAGCCAAAGAACGUCUGAUGUUUAGUUUUGGUACACAGAAAGACUUUGAUAAAUACCAGUCCCCCAGGAUUUUUAACACCCACGUGAGAUAUAAGGGACUUCCCAAAUGUUUAAAAUCGGAGAGUAAUGUGAAGACUAAGAUGGUGUAUUUAUUAAGAAAUCCUAAAGAUGUGGCCGUGUCGUAUUAUUAUCAUUUGAAGUCGGCAACAGAUUUUGAUUAUAAUGGUACCUGGAACGGGUUUUAUAGUUUAUUUAUUGAAGGCAAAGUGCCUGGUGGUUCUUGGUUCGACUAUGUGGUAGAAUGGGACAAAGAAAUCAAUUCAGGGAAACAUCCAAACAUUAUCGUCAUGUAUUAUGAGGAUUUACAAAAGAACUUUACAUCAGAAAUCAAGAGACUAUCUGAUUUUCUCGGCUUUAGUUAUUCCAACGAUCUCUUCACGGCCAUAGCUGAAAAAUGUAGUUUUUCCAGUAUGAAAGAAAAUGAUGAACGAUUGAAAGAACAGUUUCCAAUACAUAUGUCGAAAGAUGGAAAAAAUUUCAUUUAUAGAAAAGGCGUGGUCGGGGACUGGAAGAAUCAUUUCACUGUAGCUCAAAACGACGAGAUGGACCAAAUUAUCACCAACAGACUGAAGGACACAGAUUUAAAAUUCCAGUAUUCGGUCUAGUGUAGAUCGUUUAUUACAAAUCUAAUCCAUUGAAUUCAACAUAUCAAUCGUUAUAGUCUCAUUGUGUGAUCCAUCCAACCUCCUCCGCGUCUCUCGAAAUAAAGCCUGGUGGUACGAGCCACCCAAACAAAGAUAAACGGUUUACAAGGCUUGUGCUACUUGAACAAUAUACACUGUAUGUAAUGGCUCAAUCAGAUCAGU